AUGGACGUCCAUCCGGACCUCUCUAUCUCACCCAUAACAGUGGGCACAGUUGUGCUCCUGCACGGCAAGAACUUCUGUGGUGCAACAUGGGGAACGACGGCGCGUGUUCUCCUCUCGUCAGGCUACCGCGUCAUAAUCCCGGAUCAUAUUGGCUUCUGCAAGUCUUCCAAACCGGCCGCCUACCAAUACAGCCUGCAACAACUCGCGUUGAAUGUUCACUCCAUCCUCACCAAUCUGAACAGUACCGCGCCCUUGACUCUGAUAGGUCAUUCCCUGGGAGUGUCGCGGCUCGUCCUGGUGAACCCGAUUGGUCUGGAAGAUUGGAAAGCCAAAGGGUUUCCUUAUCAAUCUAUCGACCAGAUCUAUCUUGGCGAACGUGCCUCCAACUAUACUUCUAUCCGCGGGGGCCCGGAAGCUGAGUCCUAUGCCUUUGACCAGGCACUUAUCACCGACGCGGUGUACACACAACCCAUCGUUUAUGAACUUCCAUUACUGACGAAAACCAAAGUGCUGCUUUUAAAUGGGGCUAAGGAUACCACGGCCAUUGGGAAAACAUGGGCUCCACCAGAGGGCAAACGCAAGAAGUCCUCCCGCAAACCCACCGGUCCCAAAAAGCGCGAACCACUCGCCACAACCUUCACUUGUCUCUUCUGCAACCACGAGAAGGCCAUUCAGGUCAAGCUGGAAAAGAAACUCGGUGUCGGCACUUUAUCGUGCAAGGUCUGUGGACAACGGUUUCAGACCUCGAUCAAUUAUUUGAAUGCGCCGGUGGAUGUCUACUCGGAUUGGGUCGAUGCUUGCGAAGAGGUCGCGCAUAAGAAAGUCGAUGACGAGUUAGGCGGGAAUGCUGGUAAGGCUACUGCGGAGGACAUGGAUUUCAGUACAUAUGGGACUGAGAAUGGACCGAGACGAGGUGUGGCGGCCGAUGGUGAUGAGGAUCUUAUCAACGAUGAUGACUAUUGA